GCCUGUUCAUACCUUUAAAUGGCAAACAUAAUGGCGGAAUGAUGAAGUGAAUCAUCGUGGCCAAAAUUUUUGAAUUAAUUUCUAUUCCAAAACUCCAAAUACAUCACCUUAUUAGAUAAAACAAUGAUGAUGCUAGGACCUACAGAAAUGGAGCAGGCCGAACUUGGGUUGUUAGGCAUAAAUGAUGAAUACACUAGUUAUCUUGGCUUCCCAACCGACACUGUUUUAUAUUCUGAUGCAACUAUCUUUGAUUCAUUGCUGGAGGAAAGAAACGAGAUCUGCAGUUCAGUUUCUUCAUCACAGUGUCCAUCUGUCACAUCUGAAAUUCCGGACUAUGAUAUAGGACUAGACAAUACCCUGGAUGCAUUUAUUUUUGACAGAUCUGUUGAAUUGACACCUGAAAAAUCUCCUGUAAAUAUAAAAUCGAAUCGAAAGAAAUUAAAGAACGAAAUAAAAAUAAGUAACAAAAACAAAAAGGAUUUGUCUUUUGGAAAAUGGAGUACACUUUCUGGAUCACAGCAAACAAAGUUACUGGAAACCCUAAUGGAGACUGUUUCCCACAAACUUGGUUUACGCGAACAGUUGGAUAUCAUCAACAUAAUCAAUCCCAGUGCACAGUUGUCGCCAAGCGAUACUGAAUUUUUUAUUGACUUCGACUUGAUGGAUGACCACAAGUACGACUUAUUGAAUGCAUAUGUGGAGAAAGAAUUGAGGAAACUAGACAAAACAUCGGAUGCAAUAGAACAAAAGCGCAACAAGGAAAAACACGCAGAGCAGGUCGCAAAAGAGAGAAAACAACAAAGACUAAAUCGACGUCAACAACGCUCAAAAGAAAAACAGGAGAAACUUUCAAAGAUGUGUAAACAGCUACGAAAAGAACGACGAAGCGGAUUGUUCUCUCGCGAACAGGUUGUUGCUGUCGAACAGACCCCUACCAGUGCAGAAGUGAAUGAAGAAGAAGAUGAAAUAGACAUUUUAACGUGAAAGUUUUGUACAAAAAAUAGAGAAAAAAUAAAUUUGUCUGCAAAA